UCAUAAAGUCUCCAUGCCAACCUGAUUUGUUUCUACGGUGAUCGUAAUCGGGGUUUUGUCGAUGAAUUCACAUUCGUCUCACGUCAGUUAGAAAUUAUGAUUAUUUUCUAAAAUUUUUGUUCGUUUUCAGACAUUUUUGGUUGUGUUAUAGUUGUUCUCCAAGAAGAUCUAAAAUAGUGUCUAUAUUUCAUGUUCUAAUAUGGAAGAGUUGAAAGAUACAAGUAUUCAUCAUACGGCAUUAAAAUUGACCAAUGACAUAAAGACUAUGAAAAUUUACGAGUCUUUGUACAGAACCGUUCAGAAAUUAGUGUGUACACCAAACGUCGAUAAAAAUGAUAUGAGAACUACUUUGGAGGAUGCUAUACGCGCAACUGGUCUUGAAAUAGAGAUACGCAAUAUACUCUUUCAUCUGAUUCGGAGUUCUGUUAAGUCUGAACUGAAAGCAUCGAUUCAACCGGCAGAAACUUUUCGAAAAUCCAAGCCAAAGAAAUUUAAUGAUCCUUUAAGUUUUUUAAAACGAGCCGGAUUACAAUGGGAUCGAAGGGUAAGGAAAUCGUUGAAUGCAAUGUGCACUGAAUUGAAAAUAUCGAUUACUGGCCAAGUGCGAAGUUCAGUUGAUAAAGAAGAAAUGGUAUUGAAAUGGGAGGAGCUGAGUAAUUAUGCUGUUGAUUUGUCGAACUACAGGCCAGUGUAUGCUCCAAAGGAUCUGUUAGACGUUUUGCUAUCCUUGAAAGGGCCAAGUAAAAUCGAUGGAGUUGACGAUGAUAGUAUCCCAAAAUGGGAAUUUGCUCACAUUCCACUACCUGUGAAGAAUUUCUUUGAACUGCGAGUGCACUUUGCGGAUCUACUUCGUCUCGAGCCAUUUCAAGAUUUAACUCUUCAAUGCCAACGGGUUUUGAACUAUAAGCAUACACCGCUUUGCCAACAAACAUUAAGGAAAGGAAAUACUCCCCCGCCGUACCGGGGUGCCCUUUGGUCAUACGUACUUGGUAGUCACGUUAACACUCAUCAUAUAGAUCAUUGGGAGAAACUCAAGGCGAACGUUUUGAAUACCGAUUUGAUCGUAGACAAAUUAGUUUUCAAGGAUAUACAGUUAACUGCAUCAAACGACGAUCAAUAUUUUGUGUUCGAGGAUGUUCUCUACCAGGUUAUGCUCUGUUUUUCACGUGAUAGUGAAAUUUCCGAGAUGGUCCAAGGUGAGCCCGGCACAAGCAAAAUGAAACAAUACGAAGGACCACCAUCCGGAGUAGUACCAUUUCAUGGAAUUUGCAUGUUUGCUGCGCCCUUUUGUUAUCUAUAUGAUUCUCCAGUAAAACUAUAUUUUACCUUUCGGGCUUUUUACAUACGAUAUUGCCAUCGAUUAACAACAAUCAGCACACAUCAUCAGGGCAUCGUAAGCCUGUGCUUACUUUUUGAGAAAUUGCUCCAGACUCACGAACCGCAAUUAUGGUCUCAUUUCCGUGAAUUGCAAAUUCAACCCAUUCGUAUUGUAUUCAAAUGGCUCAUGCGAGCGUUCAGUGGUCAUCUUCCUCCAGAUCAACUUUUGAUUUUAUGGGAUUUGGUACUGGGUUUCGAUAGUUUGGAAAUUCUUUCAUUGUUCGCCAUCAUAGUUUUGAGUUUUCGCAAGGAAAGUUUAAUGCAAGUUUCCUCCCUGGAGAGCGUUGAGUCGAUAUUAGCGGAUUUGUCGUCAAUAAAAGUUUCACCACUUAUUCAACUUGCUCUUUCUCGAGAUUAGAACGUAUACCUUUUUUUAUCAUAUUUGCUAGACAGUUUAUACUUUGUUAUAAAAAAUGGAUUACACCAAGUUUUAGGUCUUCCA